AUGGUGGUUCCUGUUGAUGAGCAAACAGACCACAUUGAAUCAGAACCAAACAGGAACCAAGUCAUCUUCCAGGAAGCUGCUGAAGCUGAGAACCAAAAUCAGGAAAGAAGAAAACCUUUCUCAUGUGACAUCUGUAAAAAGCGUUUGGCUUUCAAAUCUGUUUUUGAUGCUCACAUGAGAACUCAUACUGGUGAAAAGCCAUUUACAUGUGUGAACUGUGGAAAAAGUUUUCGUCAAAAACGUGAUUUAUCUCGUCAUGUGAUGAUUCACACUGGUGAAAAGCCGUUUACAUGUGUGAACUGUGGAAAAUGUUUCUGUCAAAAACAGGAUUUAACUCUGCACAUGAGGAUUCACACUGGUGAAACGCCGUUUUCAUGUGUGACCUGUGGAAAAAGUUUUCGUCUAAAACCGACUUUAACUAAGCACAUGAACAUUCACACAGGUGAAAAGCCUUUUUCAUGUGUGAACUGUGGAAAAAGUUUUCGACUAAAGGAUCAAUUAACUCGGCACAUGAGGAAACAUACAGGUGAAAAGCCUUUUUUAUGCGUUUACUGUGGAAAAGGUUUCACUGUCAAAUAUGAUCUCGAUGUUCACAUGAGGAAACAUACUGGUGAAAAGCCUUUUUCAUGUGUGAACUGUGGAAAAAGUUUUAGUCUAAAACGGACUUUAAUUAUGCACAUGAGGAUUCACACCGGUGAAAAACCUUUUUCAUGUGGGAACUGUGGAAAAAGUUUUGGUCAAAAACAGCAUUUAACUCAGCACAUGAUGAGUCACACUGGUGAAAAGCCUUUUUCAUGUGCGACGUGUGAAAAAAGUUUUAGUCACAAACAUAAUUUAACUCAUCACAUGAUGAGUCACACUGGUGAAAGGCCUUAUUCAUGUGUAACGUGUGAAAAGCGUUUCUUUGUCAGAUCUGCUCUAAAUGCUCACAUGAGAACUCAUACAGAUGAAAAACCUUUUUCAUGUGGGACAUGUGAAAAAAGGUUUCAUAAAAAACAUAAUUUAAAUAAGCACAUGAGGAUUCAUACUGGUGAAAAACCAUUUUUAUGCCUGAAAUGUGGAAAAUGUUUUAGUCAAAAAUAUCAUUUAACUCGGCAUGUAAUGAUUCACUCCAGUGAAAAGCCUUAGAAGUUCACUAUCUAUGGCAUUUGGAUAAAAACGUGUUAUUUACUAGAGGGCUUAAUAUCUAUAAAUUGGUGACAUUUUUUAAUUAAGUUGUUAAAUGUGAUAAUUUGGAUUCUUAGAAAUGUGCAUCUCUGAAACGUUUUCCUUUAGAGACAUUUUUUUUGCUGUUUUGUAAUUGUUUUGCUUACAAAACCAUUGAUAUUAUUGAUUCUACUCAUUCUUGUUUUUUUUACUUAUUCAUGCCUUAAAAUAAGUAAUUAUUAUGUUUGGAUUAAAAACAUUUAAUCAUU